AUGGAUGAUAGUGCAAUAAAUGAGAUACUAAAUAAUCAAAAACGCUUACAGGAAAAAAUGGAAAAGAUAGAAAACCAUUGUCAUCUGAUGGAACAUCAUGAUAUUCAUACUACGAAAACUUAUAGCGAGGUUCUUAAAUCCGACCGCUUGAACAAUGGGAAACAAACUAAACUACUGAAUAAACAAAUGGAAGUAUUUUUACUGUAUAGCACUGAUGAAAAAAUAACCUCAUAUGAUUUAAGACAAAUAUUAUAUGAUAGAGUAAAACCUACACAACUGGGUAUUGGAAUAGAUAAGAUUAGGAAUAUAGGAGGUGGAGGUGUUGCGGUAGAAAUAGGAAAUAAGGAGGAAGCAGAUCGAUUUGAACAAUUCAUAGUUAAGGAAGUAUCAAAUAUCAUAAUAAAGAAACCUAAGAAGAAACUUCCACAUCUGGUUAUUUAUUCUGUACCUUCAGAAAUAACAAGAGAAGAACUAUCACGUUGCAUAUAUAAUCAAAAUGACCGCAUCGGUGAGAUUUAUUCCGAAGUAGAAUUCAUAGAUAACUUUAGAGUUAAAUUUAGAAUGGGCAAAAGAGGAAAAUAUUACAAUAAUUGGGUAAUUCAAGCUACACCAAAAUUAAGACUACAUUUACUAAAAAUUGAAAAGAUAUCUGUACAAUGGUCCAAGUGCCGCAUUUCUGACUUUUACCCUGUUCUACAAUGCUUCCGUUGUUGUCGCUUUGGGCAUUCCUCGACUUCAUGCAGUCAAGAAGCGUCAACAUGUAGUCACUGUGCUGGUCAACAUAAUUUCAAAGAUUGCACCAAUAAAAACAAACCUGCGGUAUGUUGCAAUUGCAAGCACGAUAAUCCGUCAAAUUGUGGACACAAUGCCAGAGACAGUAUUUGCAAAGUAUAUAAUAAAAUUAAGAACAACAUUAUACAAAGAACUGAUUAUGGAACGUCGUACUAA